UACCACCACAAUGACUGCUGCUUUUACAAACUCUAAAAGGAAACAGGUGGCGACAGACAAGGUUGCAGAAAAGCUGAGUUCUACUCUCUCAUGGGUGAAGAACACGGUAUCACACACAGUCAGUCAGAUGGCCAGUCAGGUGGCAAGUCCAUCUGCUUCAUUACAUACUACAUCGUCAUCUACGACGCUAUCAACGCCAGCCCUCUCACCCUCUUCCCCGUCACAGUUGAGUCCAGACGAGGUAGAACUCCUGGCUAAACUGGAGGAACAGAAUAGAUUGUUAGAGACGGACAGUAAAUCUUUAAGAUCUGUAAAUGGGUCAAGAAGAAACAGUGGUUCCUCCCUUGUAUCAAGUUCAUCAGCCUCGAGCAAUCUCAGCCAUCUUGAAGAAGACUCUUGGAUACUUUGGGGAAGAAUCGUUAACGAAUGGGAAGAUGUGCGCAAAAAAAAGGAAAAGCAAGUUAAGGAACUUGUUCGUAAAGGGAUACCCCACCAUUUUAGAGCAAUAGUUUGGCAACUUUUAUGCAGUGCACAAAGUAUGCCAAUUAAGGAUCAGUAUUCAGAACUCCUGAAAAUGACUUCGCCUUGUGAAAAAUUGAUCCGAAGGGACAUUGCUAGAACUUACCCUGAACAUAAUUUUUUUAAGGAAAAAGAUAGCCUUGGACAGGAGGUUUUAUUUAAUGUAAUGAAGGCAUAUUCUUUAGUGGAUCGUGAGGUUGGUUACUGUCAAGGAAGUGCUUUCAUAGUUGGACUGUUGCUUAUGCAGAUGCCAGAAGAAGAAGCUUUCUGUGUAUUUGUUAAAUUAAUGCAAGAUUAUAGACUUCGUGAACUUUUUAAACCAAGUAUGGCAGAAUUGGGCCUUUGUAUGUACCAGUUUGAAUGCAUGAUACAGGAGCAUCUUCCGGAGCUUUUUGUACAUUUUCAGUCUCAGAGUUUUCAUACCUCAAUGUAUGCAUCAUCCUGGUUUCUGACUAUCUUUCUUACGACUUUUCCACUACCAAUUGCAACAAGGAUAUUUGAUAUCUUUAUGUCUGAGGGUUUAGAAAUAGUGUUUCGAGUAGGAGUAGCACUUCUUCAAAUGAAUCAGGCAGAACUGAUGCAACUUGACAUGGAAGGAAUGUUACAGCACUUUCAGAAGGUCAUCCCACAUCAGUUUGAUGGUGGUCCAGACAAAUUAAUCCAGGCAGCUUACCAAGUCAAGUAUAACUCAAAAAAAAUGAAAAAGCUUGAAAAGGAAUACACUACAAUAAAAACUAAAGAAAUGGAAGAGCAAGUUGAAAUUAAAAGGUUACGCACAGAAAAUAGGCUUUUAAAACAGCGCAUUGAAACAUUAGAAAAAGAAAGUGCUUCAUUGGCAGAUAGAUUGAUACAGGGACAAGUGACAAGAGCCCAGGAGGCUGAGGAAAACUACCUCAUAAAACGGGAACUGGCCACCAUCAAACAGCAGAGUGAUGAGGCCAGUGCUAAACUGGAGCAGGCUGAAAAUACCAUCAGGAAGCUCCAGCACCAACAACAAUGGCAUAAAUGCAGUUCCAACUACAAUGAAGAUUUUGUGCUACAGCUGGAGAAGGAAUUGGUCCAAGCCCGUUUAAGCGAAGCCGAGUCUCAGUGUGCGCUAAAGGAGAUGCAGGAUAAAGUUCUGGAUAUAGAGAAGAGAAACAACUCCUUUCCUGAUGAGAAUAACAUUGCAAGACUUCAGGAAGAACUCAUUGCGGUGAAACUGAGAGAAGCAGAAGCUAUUAUGGGUUUGAAAGAACUUAGACAACAAGUCAGAGAUUUAGAGGAGCACUGGCAGCGCCACUUAGCUCGUACUAGCGGGAGAUGGAAAGACCCACCUAAGAAAAAUGCUGUGAAUGAGUUACAAGAUGAACUGAUGACCAUUCGACUUAAAGAAGCUGAAACGCAGGCAGAAAUAAGAGAAGUAAAACAAAGGAUGAUGGAAAUGGAGACACAGAACCAGAUCAAUAGUAACCAUCUUCGAAGAGCAGAACAAGAGGUGAUCAGUCUACAAGAGAAGGUGCAGUAUCUUUCAGCACAGAAUAAAGGACUACUUACUCAGUUAAGUGAAGCAAAGCGCAAACAAGCAGAGAUUGAAUGCAAGAACAAGGAGGAAGUGAUGGCAGUGAGACUCCGGGAAGCCGACAGCAUAGCUGCUGUGGCUGAACUACAACAGCACAUUGCAGAGCUUGAAAUCCAGAAAGAAGAAGGAAAGCUUCAAGGACAGCUUAACAAGUCUGAUUCUAACCAGUAUAUUAGGGAACUGAAAGAUCAGAUAGCAGAGCUGAAUCAUGAGCUCAGGUGCCUAAAAGGCCAGAGGGGCUUCUCAGGCCAACCCCCUUUUGAUGGAAUCCACAUCGUCAACCAUUUAAUAGGAGAUGAUGAAUCAUUCCAUUCCUCUGAUGAAGAUUUUCUAGAUAAUUCCCUACAGGAGAGUGGCGUUGGUUUUCCUUUGCACAGAAAAUCCGGCCCGAUGUCUUUGGACCCCACUGUGGCAGAUGGUAGUGAAAGCGAAACAGAAGACAGUGUGCUGGAGACCAGAGAGAGCGAUCGAGUGGCUCAAAAGGAGCGGCACCCAGGAAGGAAAGAGUCAUACUCAACCACUGUCUGACCAUCACUGUGAACUAGACUGUGGAUUUUUUUUAAGGGAUCAGUUAUCAUAUGAUUAUUAAGGGUUUUUGGAACAUAUCUGUUUCAUAUGUACAUAUAUAUAUUUUUUUCAAUCUUAUCUGCCUUUUUAUCUUUGCCAAAUCUUCACCACUGACUUACCAUUGCCAUAAAGUAUACUGGAAUAUGGUUAAUGGGAAAAAUAAGGUUCUAACAGUAUUACUGAAUGUUAGUGUUUCUUGUUUAGAAAAUGCAAUUAUAUCUAUAUAUGGGAACCAUUUAGAAGUUCGGAACUAUGGAAAAUUGAAUUGUCUUCAGACAAAACUGCUCUUGUGCAAUAUUUUAUGCUCAGUAAACAAAUUGUAUAUUUAUGUUUAUCAGUUUGUUUUCAGGGCAGCUGUCUACAGACAUUUGACCAAGUCAAAUAUCUGAUUUAUCUUGUGCUUUUGAAUUAGGGAUUUUUUUUUUCAAUUAAAAUAACUGCUUUAUUAGUGGGCCACUGAAAGUUCCCAAACACAGUGUCUUUUUUCCAUUUACUUUUAUAAAUACAAAUUAAUGGUUAUCUAGCUUGAGAGUUUUAAGUUUUGUUUGAAUUUCUAAUUUUUAUGUCCAUAUGACACUUCCAAUAUAUUGCUUACCAGUCAGAACAGUAGGUUAACUGCAAAUAUAUUGUCUUUUUGUACAUAAUUUAUAAAUCUCCAUCACCCAACAUUGAACGUCAUUUUAUAUGGAGACUGUACAUGUUGCAAAAUGACUGCCUUUGGCAGUUCUAACAGGAUUUCUGUAAAUAUAUAGGUUAAAAUUGAAAAUAAAAACAAACACUAAUAUUUUAAUAGCUUUAGUAUUUUGAUUAGCAUUCAACACUAGCGAGUUCAUAACUUAAAUGAUACUUGUUCAGAAACACUAUUGGUGAAAUCUUUUACUUCGUGUGUGUGUAACUAAUAAAUUUUCCAUAAUUAAAGAGGUGAUAGCACACAUUACUUAGUGCUAAUAUUCUACUUAGUAUAAUUUAAGCAGUGGACUGAAGUCCACGAUAUACAACAGCUGUAUCUGCAAAUAAUCUAUGAACAUUAUCUUCAGAUUCUCUAUUAACUAAUCUAUAGAUAAAGCCAUAAAAAUUCUAUCUUACCAGUUCUUCCUUUUUUAUCAUCUAGACUAUUUUUCCUAGAAAACUGAAUGCCUAUCAUUGAUAAAUUGGAGGAAACACUCAAAUUACACUUGCACUAUGGGAAAACAGCGAGAAUGCAUUGACUGGAUGCUUCCCACUCUCGUUUUCAUCAGCAUCCUAUGGAAAAAAAUAGCCUUCAGGGACAAGAGGGGAAAGUAGAAUUCAGUAUAUAUGGAGAUACAAUUUUGCACGAUAUAUAGCAUGCAGAAAAAAAAAUGAUAUGAAUGAAUGGAGUGUAAGAGAGAAAAACAGUUUGCCGUCUAAAACCAGGAGUUAAACCAUGAACUAGGCUUUUCCAGAAAGCCCUUUGUAGUUAUUUGUUUGAGAAACAAAAUUGAAAACAUGCCUGCUGUGUCCAUAGCACCAGGCUAAAUUCUACUGGUUAAGUAACCUGUGGUCACAAGUUAGUAAGUAGCAGAGCCAAGAUUUUGAUUCAGAUCUCUCUGACACCAAAGCAUUUGAAAAGGUUCAGCUAAUGAAUUUCUCAAUUCCCUGCUUUGCGGACAAUGAAUGUGAUUUAAUAAAUUUGAUUUAAAUGUGUUUCCUGAAUAUAUAUAGAUACAUAUAUCUAUAUCUGUGUAUAGAUAUAUAACUAUCAACACUCAUAAACUCUACACAGUUUAUGAAAUAGAUACUCCUAGAAUUGUCUGACUGCUGCUUUUGGGAUACUCUUUUUUUUCCUGGGGUCCACUACUGUCAGCCUAGAGGCUGUUGAUGCCCAAGUGAAAUGAGAUGAUUCAUGCAUGGCCACAUGAUUGCUUCGACCUCCGCAUCAAGAAAUCUGAGUGAUCUAGACCACCGGUCAGCCAAUUCCAGCCAGCUGCCCGUCUUCAUGUGACCCACAAGAUAAGAGUGGUUUUUACGUUUUCAGAUACUUGAUGGAAAAGAAUCAAAAGAAUAAUAUUUGGUGUCACAUGAAAAUCAUAUAAAAUUCAAAUGUCAGUGUUGAUAAAUAAAAUUUUAUUGGAUACCCAUGUUUAUCCGUUUACACAGUGUCUGUGGCUGCUUUUGUGCUACAGUGGCAGAGUUGAGUAGCCUAAAAUAUCUACUAUCUGGCUCUUUAAGGCAAAAGUUUGCUGACCCUUGAUUUAGAUACUCUAAAAACUAGGUUUAUUUCAAUUGGCCUCAAUAGAAGAUUGAACUAUUUGUUUUUGCUGUUGAGCUAAUGGUUUAUAAACCUAAAAUUUUCUAAUGGAUCUUAGAACUAUUUAAAAUGGGAAGUGUGCAAGCUACUUUAUAUCAUGAAUUCUUUGACACACCAUGGACAAAUUUGGAAGGAUAGAUGUCUCUUCGGAAAUGGAGAAAGAAUUCCAGAAUCCUAGCAGUGUUCUUUAUGUAUUGCUGACUGUUAGAGCAUGCUUCAUCAAGUCAUUGUUACAAUUUGAUUUUACAAGUCAGAACAUCUUUCUAAAUCGUGUUUGAAUUCUAAACUUGGAAAGGUAUUCUUAGAGAAUUUCCUAAGUACUGUUUCUGGUUAGGACUUAGGUGUUAAAAGAACCAUGGUAAGUAAAACUUAAUCCGUUGAUACUCUUGUAAUUUGUUUGGACAAUGAAAAACAAGAAACAAUCUUCUCAUUCAAGAUCUUUAAUUCAAAUACUCCUUAGAAAGGUUUAAAACCUUCCUGGAUACUACGGUCUGAUUUGACUCCAUUACCUUCAAAUUAAGACUUUGAGGCAUUGGACAAUAUUUUCUUGACAGAUUUUAAUUAGUCUCUGGUAUUUUGUGUCAUUCACAAAAUACAAAGUUGAGGAAUAAACAGAAUUGAGGAAUACUGAGGAGUGGGGCAUAAGUAAAUGAAGUAAUUUUUUAAAAUUCACAAUAAAAAAAAAAAGAACUUACUCCCUUGGGACAGUUACCUUCCUGGCAUUAUUGCCAUCAUGGGUUGAAAUGCUGAGAGUCGAGCGUUACAAGUGACCUGAAUUAAAUGGAAAUUGCGUUGUAGUGAUGAAACAGAGACCUUUAAAUCAAGAAAAUAUUUCAACAGCCUUUUAAAAAGUUAGUGGUAAUUUUUAUCUGCCUGGAAAAAGAAGUCAAAUAUGUAACUUACAUAAUUUCUACCCCUUUUAUUGAUAAAUAUUAGGCACUCAAUGUUUGAUGACUAAUUGAACAUCAAGUCCCAACUAACUAGCUGGCUAUUUUGGAAGAAACAAAAUUCAACUCUUUCUUGGCUCUGAACAUAUCCUCCAGAUAGUGCCUUUGAUUGAAAACAAAGUCUAGACGUUUUUAAGUAUUUUAUUUCUGAUAGCAUAAGAAAUUAUUUGGCUCCUCAUUCUUUUUUAUCUUUUACAUAAUGCACUAUAAUUUUCAGAUUUAAAAUAAAGUAAGUAUAGGAGUUGUGUUUUGGUAAAGCCCUUUCAUGGCCAGCUUAAUUGUAGUACCACAUGUCGAGAGCUAACCUUUCAGAAAUCAAGGGCUUACCUUAUUAAAAUAAUGAGCUUUAGUGAGAAAGUUACUGCUGCUCUAUCAUUCACAAAACAGUAAGCUUUUUUUUAGUUAAUUUUAAUUCAUUUACUGAGAUUAAAAUUUCUGAUUAAAAGUGGAGUGGAUGCUAUUUAUAAUCCAAGUUUUUUAUAUCACAUCCAUUGAGCUACGUAUCCCUUCCUUUCACUCCGAAGAAGAGAUGAUAGACUAAUACAUUAGACAUGCUAUAGAGAUGCGAAAUUAUAAUGUAUUUCAUUUUACUGUUGGAAUUUCUUAUUGUAACAUUGUAUGAUAAUCUGAAAUGUUUACUUGUG